CAACGAGUUAGACAGUCUAAAGUUGGUCGGUCACAACUGCGCACGCAUUUCUCCUCAAUUUUACAAAUAAAAUGGAUCAAGCCAUACUCAAUUUGAUGCUGUCGAAUGUGGAUGGUUCUACAGAAGAUUCUUCAUCGGAGACCAAUUCCAUUAUCGAUGAAUUUGAAUUACUGAACACUCAGUGUGAGGGAAACUGCUACCAAAAACUAAAAUCCAUAUUGCAGCAAGCCGGGAAGUUGAUUAAACUAAAAGAUCAGCAAAUUGAUAAUCAUGUAAAGACAAUAUCAACGCUGUCAAUGAAAUGUCUGGAAAUAAAUAAGCAUUAUAUGGAGAAUCAAAUGGCCGAAAAGAACAAGGAAGUAUCGCAGCUUGUAAAGGAAUCGAUGGCUCCCUCAAACGAGACCAACGAAACACUAAAAGAACAACUCAGGAAUCAAUUGGUGGAUCAAACUAAAGCUAGAGAAGAUCAACUCAAUGCUCUUUUAGAGGAGUCGAAUAAAAAAGUAGAGAAUCUAAUCGCGCAGCUAUCAGAGGCCGAAAGUAAACUUAAAGAGGCGAAUACAUUUUUACAGGAGUGCAACGAGAAAGUAAAGAUGCUCGAAAUUGAAAAACAGCAAAUGGAGAAUAAGCUGACAUCAAAAAUUAACGAGUAUGAAAUUCUGAUAAAAAGUACCGAAACAAAAAUUAUGAAUUCAGAAUACAAAUCGAUAGUUUACGUGACAGGAAGGGGAGACCAGAUGGUGACCAUUAACAAUGAUAUCACUGGUCCUGGUUGGAUAGUCAUAAAACGUUCUGAACGUCAAGGCGGAUCACUCAAGAAAAUUAUUGACGUUGAAUCGAGUUGGGUGUACUCUUUCAUUAAAGAUCAGCCCCACGAAUUAUACAUUCACUUAGUAUAUAAGGAUGGAACCACUUCAUUUGCCCACUAUGAUGACUUUGCACUUCAUGUUUUGAACGGCAGUAGUGUAUAUAAAAUAAAAUCGAUGGGUGCUCUAAGAACCUCACUAACGAUUGGAGGUGAUUUUUGCGGACGUUCUUUAGAAUCUAUUUCGGACACUUUUACCUUCGUUACUUCCUACACUUUAAUGAUAAGAUCUAAAUUAAAAUAUCAACUACUAACCCCUUACACAGCUGAAAAAAAGUAACGCGCAAAAUAAUGAUGUCGGUAAUAAUAAUAUUUGAAAAUAAUUUUCAUUUAUUUUACUGUAUAAUAAAUUGCCAUAAUUAAUCAGUCUCAAUUUUUGGAAUUUGAAGGAAAAUAUUGUAUUUUAGUUGAUUUUUCUUACCUAAUAUUGACAAAGAAAACCUGAAUGGUGAAAAUAAAUAAUAUUCAAAAAUCAA